UCCCUGAGGUCCAGGGAGUCCAGUGUCCCCGCGAUCUCCUUUGUCACCAGUUCCUCCCUGAGGUCCCUGAGGUCCAGGCUGACCAGGGUCUCCACUGUCUCCCUUGCUUCCAGUCAUCCCCUUGAGACCCACAAUUCCCCGAGGUCCCGUUAUCCCUCUCUCUCCCUGCGGUCCCUCGCUUCCCUUCUCUCCCUUAUCUCCGCCCACUCCUGUAGGUCCAGGUGGACCAGGUGGUCCAGCUGGACCUCUCACUCCAUCUCUCCCAUCCCUACCUCUCAGUACCUCCACUUGGUGGACACUUACAUGACUACCUCCUGUGAUGGGACCACACAGGAAUCAUAUCUUAGUGUACAUUGAAUUCUCAGAAAUUUGCUUCUCUCACCUUCAUUUUGGGCAAAGGAAAUAGAUAAAGCAACUACUAUUGUUGCUAGAAUCAAGGCACACUUUGGCAACUCCAUCUUCUGUGAAAACUCGAUAUGACAGAAGCUCUCAGACGUG